UCCAUCGCUGUCCCAUCGACUGCUCUGGCAGCGGCUGUGCCGCCUGCGCUGCGUGCCGGCGGCGCGGGGCGGGGCGGGCAGGGCAGGCCAGGCCGCCAUCGAGAGCGGCGGGCGGACGGCAGCGGGAGCUGGUUCGCGGGUGCCGCCGAGGAUGGACAUCAGGCCGAACCACACCAUCUACAUCAACAACAUCAAUGACAAGAUCAAGAAGGACGAGCUGAAGAGGUCCCUGUACGCGUUGUUCUCACAGUUUGGUCAUGUGGUCGACAUCGUGGCGUUAAAAACCAUGAAGAUGAGAGGGCAGGCAUUUGUUAUAUUUAAAGAACUUGGGUCAUCCACCAAUGCUUUGAGACAGCUACAAGGCUUUCCCUUUUAUGGGAAACCAAUGCGCAUUCAGUAUGCAAAAACAGAUUCCGACAUCAUCUCUAAAAUGCGUGGGACUUUUGCUGAUAAGGAAAAAAGAAAGGAAAAGAAGAAAGCCAAAACUCUGGAGCAGUCAGCAAAUGCACCAAACAAAAAGGUUAUCCAGGGGGCAACACAAAAUUCAGCCAAUGCCCCAGGGACUACACCACAGAAUCAGGUGCCUGAUAACCCACCAAACUAUAUCCUUUUCCUUAAUAAUUUGCCAGAGGAAACAAAUGAGAUGAUGCUGUCCAUGUUAUUUAAUCAGUUUCCUGGAUUCAAGGAGGUUCGCUUGGUGCCAGGGCGCCACGACAUCGCCUUCGUGGAGUUUGAAAAUGAGAACCAAGCAGGGGCUGCUCGAGAUGCUCUCCAGGGAUUCAAGAUCACUCCCUCUCACGCCAUGAAAAUCACUUAUGCCAAGAAAUAAUGACGUGCUCCUGCAGAGGAGUCCUGUGGAUAGGUGUUUGUGUUUUUUUAAACACUGAUCAGCUGGCAUGUCUGCUGUUCUCUGCAGAAAACAUAGAGACUCGAAUGGAAUUGCCACAAUGACCAGGGCACAUGUAGGAUUUCCACCUGGAUAGUAACUUUUUCUGUUGAAAUACUAAUUUUUAUAAAAUAAAAUACAAAUGUGCUGUUUUCAAGCCA